GUGAGCUCCGGCCAGCUGUGCGCCGCCGAGUGAGGCGCCAGCCCGUGGGUGCUGCCGGGGCGGCGGCGCGGAGGGGGCGCCCGCAGCUGGCGGCGGCACGGGCCGUGCUCGGCUCGCGGCUGGGGGCGAAGGUGAGGACCCAAACGCGGAGGGCAGGGGCUGCUCGCGGCGGCGCCGGGCCGCGUUCCCCGACCGCGGUCGCCCUGCCACCCAGCCUUCGUCCCCGGCGGUGGGAGCUCCGGGGCACCAGGCGGCGGCGCGGCUAUUGGCGGCGGCUGGCUGGAUGCGAGACCUGCGCGGACCCCGCGGCAGACGGCGGCUCUCGAUUCGGGGAAGCCGAACGUGCUGGCCAUGGCCUCCAACUUUAACGACAUAGUCAAGCAGGGCUACGUGAAAAUCCGCAGCAGGAAGCUGGGGAUUUUCAGACGAUGCUGGUUGGUUUUCAAGAAGGCAUCUAGUAAAGGACCCAGAAGGCUAGAAAAAUUUCCAGAUGAAAAGGCCGCAUAUUUCAGAAACUUUCAUAAGGUAACUGAACUUCACAACAUCAAAAAUAUAACCAGACUGCCUCGAGAGACAAAGAAGCAUGCAGUGGCAAUUAUCUUUCAUGAUGAAACGUCAAAGACAUUUGCCUGUGAGUCAGAGCUGGAGGCUGAGGAGUGGUGCAAACAUCUCUGCAUGGAGUGUCUGGGGACCAGGCUGAAUGACAUCAGCCUUGGGGAGCCUGAUCUUCUGGCGGCAGGAGUGCAGCGGGAACAGAAUGAGCGAUUCAAUGUGUAUCUAAUGCCUACGCCAAAUCUGGAUAUUUAUGGCGAAUGCACAAUGCAAAUCACUCAUGAGAAUAUCUAUCUUUGGGAUAUCCACAAUGCCAAGGUCAGACUGGUGAUGUGGCCACUCAGCUCUCUGAGGAGAUAUGGACGGGACUCAACAUGGUUUACCUUUGAGUCAGGAAGAAUGUGUGACACAGGAGAAGGACUAUUCACUUUUCAAACAAGGGAAGGAGAAAUGAUCUAUCAGAAGGUCCAUUCUGCGACUCUGGCCAUAGCUGAGCAACAUGAAAGAUUAAUGCUAGAAAUGGAGCAGAAGGCCCGGCUUCAGACAAGCUUGACUGAACCAAUGACGUUAUCCAAAUCAAUAUCUCUUCCUCGAAGUGCAUACUGGCAUCACAUCACUCGGCAGAACAGCGUUGGAGAAAUCUACAGUUUGCAAGGUCACGGCUUCGGGACCUCGAAGAUGUCACGGGCACAGACGUUUCCCAGCUACACCUCUGAGCCGAGCGAGGAGACUCCACAAGCCUUGUCCCGCUCCAGUAGCUACGGCUUCAGCUACAGCUCCAGUCUCAUCCAGUGACGCCCGGAGAGCCACCGAGACCAGAGAGACGCCGGCCGGGCCUGCCCGCGAGCCAUCGCGCCCUCUGCCUCCCGGAAGACCAACUGCAGCCCAAUUCAAAGGGCUGGGGUCUGGCCCCAUCCCUGGGGAAGGUUACAAACUGGAGUCCCGCCUCCUUGAUUCCGUGGCUAAGUCCUUUAUUUAUUGAGUUCUUGGGGGG